AUAGGGAUGAACUGAUAGCUCCAUUUUGUAAUGCUGAUGUAUUCCAGUUUAUCGAACAUGUAAGUGUUCGAACACCAUUCGUCAUCAAGUAUCAACAGAUGAUGCCAAAAGAGAAUGGAGAGGAUUUGAAGGACAGAGAGUUACCACCCCUGCCAGAGGUCAUGUCCCAAGCUAGUGAGUUUAACAGAGAUAUGGAUGACGUAGUUCGAUCCCUUAUCAUUGACGGAAAAUGGGAAUCCGAUACUGACAUUGAUUUAGCUUUUGAACAACACUGGAUUAUAGAAAUUUUCCAAGUUAUCUUCAUUGUUAUUGCUCUGAUUCUGGGACUGUAUGUGCUAAGAAAGGAAAAGAUUCACGAAAAACUCUUCAUUCGUCUCAGGAAUGUAUUCUUAAGAAGACAUAUGCCUGGACAAGAGAAAGCCAAAAAGGAUGAACCAAACCAAGGACUGGAAUGAGACUUGAACACUUAUUAUACUGUAUUUUAUAUAUUAUAUUAUAUUCAAUAUUAUACUCAAUAAUAUAACUUAUAACCACUAUAACCACAUUAAAAACGGGCUAGUUAACUUGUUAACAAAGAUAACAAUUGAAAGUAUGUACACGAUACAUUGAAAUUUGUUUCAAAUUGUAAAUAGGCAUGUCUAAGUACACUUAAGCUAUUAAUAUCUAAUCACUUAAACAAAAAGUU